AUGUUUUACGGAACCAAAUAUAAUAUUCAUGUCAAAAACCACCGCAAUUUUUUUCCCUUUGCUGUCAAGGUCAAAAACAAAUUAAAUUUGGAUACAGUAGCAACAGAUUAUCUCAAACUACACGAAUUAAGCAUUCGCAAGACCUUUACACGCAGGCACUUGGAGUUGCAAGAAGAGUUGCAUCGGAUCACCUUACAAGACGGCUCUGUUUGCUUGAUUCAAAAGCUUAAGGUUAGCCAUCCUAAACUAAUGAAACAUUGCCUGUCACAUUCCUAA